AUCGGUUGUGGAGCUCGCGAUUCGAUCGCACGCCUAUAUUAUCCGUCCCUCGUUCUCUUUCGCCUUCAGUAGAGCCGCCGAGGUGCAAAUAUAAUCUGGUUCGAGCGCGAGAACUCCUCCUCAAGGAGGACUUGUUCCCCGCGCGUUCGGCCGAUAGAAUCUUUUGUUCGCGCUCUGCUUGUACUUGCCGAUCUUUUGCCGAUUUUCCAUUUUUUUUCAUUCUUUCGAACUUUGAUUUGGUGUGGAGGAAAUAUUAGUUACGGGAUACUCGAAGAGGCGGAAACUCGACGAGGGAGGACCCUUUCUGAACUGAGAGAGGAGCCCAACGAAGCCGGAAAAAUGACCCUGUUGCCGCCGACGGUCGAGCUGCAGCGGAGGAUCGACGAGGAAAUGGCCCCCGACCCCGAGGCGAGGAAGCGCGACGUCGCCGCGCUCAGAGAGUGGCUCUCCAAGCAGCCCCACCUGCCAAAACACAUGGACGACAAGAGGCUCGAGCACUUUCUGUUCAGCUGCAAGAACAGCCUGGAGAGGUGCAAGAUGAGGCUCGAGAUUUACUUCAGCGCGAGAACGGCCCUGCCCGAGUUCUUCAGCGACAGGGACCCCAUGGGCCGCGACAUACAGGACUGCUGCGACAACGUGGAAUACCUCGUGUGCCCGAAAAUGACGGACGAUGGGCACAGGGUGACGAUACUGAGGCUCAAGGAGACGGACAUCGACAAGUUCUCGCUGGUGGCCGUGUCCAAGAGGAUAACGAUGAUCCUCGAUCUCCGGCUCCUCGAGGAGCCCAACUUGUCCAACGUCAUGGUCAUCGAUUUAAAGGGUUUCACGGCGGCACAUUUCGCCAAGUGCGUGCCGGCGCAGCCGAGCGUGAAAAAGGCCAUGCUCGCCAUUCAGAACGCCAUGCCCUUCAGGCUGCACAGCGUGCACUACCUGCACUCCCCGUCGUUCGUCAGCAACGUGAUCAACCUGUUCUACCCGCUGUUGAAGAAAAAAUUGACCGAAAAGUUUUUCGUUCAUACGGGCGGUGGUGAGGAUCUCUCCAAAUUCAUGAACAGGGACAUCCUGCCGAACGAGUACGGCGGCAAGGCCGGCUCGUUCCAGGAGCUCAACGAGGCGUGGCGUUUGAAGCUCGAAAAACACAGGGACUGGUUCUUGCGCGACGAGAAGAUCAGCCGGACGGACGAGUCCAAGAGGUUGCCCAACAGCAAGUGUCUCAUCAAUGACGAGCUCGCGGGCCUCCAGGGCUCCUUCAGGAAGCUCAACAUUGACUAGCUCAACGUUUUUUUGUUUUUUUUUUGUUUUUUUUUUUCGAGUGGCGAUGACAGUAUAUAUAUAUAUAUAUUUUGUAUAAAUAAUCGAUCAUGUGCGGAUAGUUUUAUCCUAGAUGAGUUAUUUUUAUUUUAUUUUAUUUUUUACAUUUCUAUCGAUAUAGUUACGUAUAGAUAAUUUUGUACCCGUAAAAAUGUACCUCAAUUAAGACAGUAAACAACAAGUGUUUUUGUAAAUGUAUUUUUCCAAAAUAAUAAUUGAAAAUUUCUACAUUUAAACUCUAAUUGCUCUACUUUUGUUAUGUGAAAAAAUUGUAAAUUUAUAUUCAUUUGUAAAU